AUGCUUUCCGUGCUGAGGAACACCCUCCAAAACGCAAAACGUUUGCGUAACUUUAAAUUGUUUUUACGAGAACAGGAUCACUACUCCCUGGGGGAGAAACAAACGGCACUUGGGGCCACAACACUUAACUCCGAUUAUGGAUCUCUCCAUGUGAAUGUAUUUUUUAACGAUGUCAGCAUAUUAGUGGAGGGUCUGCGUGCGGCGGAGAAGAGCAACACGCUACUGUUUAAUAAAGUUCGAAAUGAUACACGGCACAGAAAACGGGCCUUCCAGAAAAGGGGCUACUGGAAGAAGAUGCACUACUUCACGCGCAAGGCCAAUAUGAUGAGCUUCGCCUUCAAGAUGCAAAAUAUCGAUUACGAAAAAAUGAAGAAACUAAAAAGGGGGGAAGUCUAUUCCACAUAG